UUAUCAUCACACCUCCACACAUCUUUUCCAACCCAAAAAACAAAACACAAAGCCAUAAAUUCUUACAAACAAACCAACCAUUUUUCCUUUUAGAAAAAGCAGAAGAACAAGAAAUCUCAGAUCGAAUCAUGGCAGCAAACUAUCCAACUUCGAGAAAGUCCAACACUCAGAUCCUCCAGGAACUGGAGGACCUGAGCGACUCCCUAUACCAAUCCCACAUGUCAUCCACAACAACACGGAGAACCGCCUCCCUAGUCCUCCCCAGGGAGUCCGUCGUCCCUCCAAUCUCGUCUGGCGAGACUGGACCGGACAAAGAAGACCUCAACCCCAAACCCCGGUCGAGGCGGAUGUCCCUGUCCCCGUGGCGGUCUCGGUCAAAGAUGGACACGGAGGACAUCCGCCCCAAAGACCCCAUCAAGUCCCAAAAGAGCCUAUUUAGCGACGAAACUCCCACUGCAACUGCUGCCACUACUACUCCCGAGAAAAAAGGCAUUUGGAAGUGGAAGCCUAUAAGAGCACUAACUCACAUAGGCAUGCAGAAGCUGAGCUGCCUAUUCUCCGUCGAGGUCGUGGCGGCCCAGGGCCUCCCGGCCUCGAUGAACGGGCUCCGCCUCUGCGUCUGCGUCCGCAAAAAGGACACCAGAGAGGGUGGGGUCCAGACCAUGCCCUCCAGAGUGUCCCAGGGCGCCGCGGAUUUCGAGGAGACCCUCUUCAUCCGCAGCCACGUCUACUACAGCCCGGCGGGAAGCGGGGCUCACAUGAAGUUCGAGCCGCGGCCGUUCUUGAUCUACAUGGCCGCGGUCGACGCCGGCGAGCUGGACUUCGGCAGGAAAACAGUUGACCUGAGUGGCUUGAUUCAAGAAUCCAUUGAAAAAAGCUUCCAAGGGACAAGAAUCCGGCAAUGGGACACCAACUUCAGCCUUUCAGGAAAGGCUAAAGGUGGUGAGCUAGUUUUGAAGCUAGGCUUCCAAAUCAUGGAAAAAGAUGGAGGCGUUGGUAUUUACUCCCAGGCAGAAGGCCAGAAGUCCGGGAAAGCCCGGACCCACUCGCCUUCUUUUGCCCGGAAGCAGUCCAAGUCAUCCUUCAGCGUGCCUAGCCCAAGGAUGACUAGUCGAGGACUCUCCCAAUUAGGAGCCGGCUCGGAAGACCUCCCUAUGGACGACCUGAAUCUUGACGAGCCGGCUCCUCAAGCCACACCCCUGCUGGAGGCAGCUACUAAAACAGACAACAAUGACAACAACAACGAUAUCGAAAUCAUUGAUUUUGAGGUGGAGGAUAAGGGAGUUGAGAUCCAAGAUGAGGAAGAGCAGAGUGAGAGUUCAGACAAAAGAUCAGUUUCAAGUGAGGUUGUUAAGGAAGUUGUUGUCCAGGAUCAAUCCCAUCUCACAAGAUUGAAUGAGCUUGACUCCAUAGCUCAGCAGAUCAAGGCGCUUGAAUCAUUGAUGGGAGAUGAGAAAGCACUCAAAUUGGAUGAGGAGACAGGAUCACAAUCCCUGGAUGCAGAUGAGGAUAAAGUGACAAGAGAGUUUCUCUCAAUGCUUGAAGGUGGUGGUGGUGAUGACAAUGACGACGACGACAACGAGUCCAAAUACGAGGAUGCUCGGAUGCAGGCUCUGCAGCUGGAAGACGCGUACGAGGACGAGGAGGGAAAAGAGGCAGAGGUUUUCUUGCCGGAUUUAGGCAAGGGGCUCGGCUGCGUUGUGCAGACGCGAAACGGGGGGUAUCUCGCAUCUGCGAAUCCGUUCAACGUGGUUGUCGGGAGGAAGGAGACGCCGAAGCUAGCAAUGCAGGUGUCUAAGCCAGUGGUGAUUCAGUCAGAGAAGGGAGGAUUUGAGGUGUUUCAGAAGAUGGCUGCAUUAGGCCUUGAGGGGCUGUGUAGUAGGCUGCUGUCGUCGAUGGCGCUGGACGAGCUGUGUGGGAAGACGGCCGAGCAGGUGGCGUUUGAGGGGAUCGCGAGCGCGAUCAUACAGGGGAGGAGCAAGGAGGGCGCCUCGUCCAGCGCUGCGCGGACCAUCGCGGCCGUGAAGUCCAUGGCCGCGAUGGCGAGCAGCGGGAGGAGGGAGAGGGUGUCGAGCGGCAUUUGGAAUGUGAGCGAGGAAGGGGUGACGGUCGAUUAUCUUCUCGGGUUUUGUUUGCAGAAGAUCGAGGAUAUGGCCGUGGAGGCGCUUAAAAUCCAAGCGGAGGUCAUUAAGGACGAGGCGCCUUUUGAGGUUUCGCCGCUUAGUGAUGGUGGUGUUUUUGAUUCGGCCGUCGCGGUGGAGGAGUGGAUUGGGGGGGGUAUGGAGUCCGAGGCGAUCACGGUGGCGGUUUUGGUGCAGCUCCGCGACCCCAUCAGGCAGUUUGAGGGGGUCGGGGGGCCUAUGGUGGUGUUGGUGCACGCUGAGGCGUGCACCAACGACACCAACGAGGAUGGGGAGAGGAAGUAUAAGGUGUCGAGUUUGCAAGUUGGGGGGAUGAAGGUGAGGAGCGGAGGGGCGAGGGUGGGGUGGGAUACGGAGAAGCAGAGGCUCACGGCGCUGCAGUGGCUCGUGGCGUAUGGGAUGGGGAAGGCCGGGAAGAAGGGGAGACGAGGGGGUGCAAAGGGGCCGGACGCGCUGUGGAGCGUGUCGUCGCGGAUCAUGGCUGAUAUGUGGCUCAAGGCUAUUAGGAAUCCUGAUGUGAAGUUCAACACAAAGUGAGGGAUAUGAGUUUGUUGUAUUUUGUUUGUGUUAGGUUGGAUUUCAAUUUAUAUAGUGUUUGGUCUUAUAGUAACUUUUACUACUAUUUUUUUGGAAAUUUGGAAUAAUUUGCUUCUGUAUACAAGAAGGAUUGCUGGUUCUGUUUUUAUAGUAUAGUUUUGUUAUAA